AUACAGUCCAGCCCACUUAUAACAGCCGCAGAUAUAACGAACGCUCGCUUAGUACGAACGAGGGCGGUGCUACCGUCAAAAUAUAUAUUGGGGCAAUGGCACAGUGUCUCACAUAGAACGAACUGUUGUGGCCUCAACACUCGGUUAGAGCGUACGCAAAGCUGUCGGGCUGGAUGGAACUCACCGCGGAGUGCAUAGAAAAUUGCUUCCGCAAGGCGGGUUUUAUGGGCCCAGGCACCGAGGACGCCAUAGAUCACCCACCGGAAGGCCGGUCGCACGAGGACUUGUGGCAACGCGUCGUUGACACGCAGCUGGCCGGACCUGACGUUGCCUGGGACGAUUUCGUUUCUGCUGAUGACGACGCCGACAUUGCGGAGCCAUGCACUGACGAAGCUAUUGUGCGUGAAGUGCGAGCCCUUCCUGACUGCCCAGAGACCGACGAGGACGAUGACGAGGAUGCUGCUCUACCGCCGGUUGCUGUGAACGCUUCAACCGCGAUCGGUUACAUCGCGUCGCUUAAGGAACUCGUGUGCAGCAGAGGCCUUGGCGAUGAACAUAUUACCGCGCUGGAAAAAUUAGAAACGGCAGUGAUGCGAUCAGCUUUGAAGAAGCAGACAUGCAUCACGGACUUUUUUCAAAAAUAUUGAACUUUCGUCUCGCUUGCUCUUUUUUCCCGUAUUAUAGGUGGUCCACUUAGUACGAACUUUGGAUACAACGAACAAAUGCCACGUGACGAUCAAGUUCGUUAUAUGUGGGCUGG